GCCGCAAUAGUUGUGUUUGAUUCUUGGACAGUAUGAAAGACACAAGGAGUUUUGUUUUGUCUUUCUUGUUUCCUUGUGCCAAAUUCUAAUAGCGAGAACAUGACUGCAAUGUGUGAUAGCUAAUCUGAGUCAAGACGAACAUGUUAAGACGAAGAGCAAAAGCAAACUCUGAAAAAGAAAAAGAAAAUGCUGUAUACCUGCGCCAAAAACCAGAACGCAGCACGUUGUAACCGCAAGUUCUCCACAAGGUCCUCUGGUGCCGACAGCGGAUUCUGAUCUCGACUUUCGAAAUCGUUAUUCGCCUUUUUAGUCAUUCAAAAUAUAGCUAUCACGCCUCAUUCUAAGCCAUUUAACACUCCAACAGAAUGGCGUUCCAUGUGAAUCACUCGAAUUGAAAACAUCAAACGGCGAAUCAAGAGAUAGUGCUGAAUCAGAGGCUAUGACUUCCCCUGGCGACAUGCGCUGUGAGGAAAGCGCUGAAAACAAUAAUGCUCAGGACGGGUUGCCUCCGUCCGUAGACGCUCACCUAUCAUUUAAUGCCGGCUAUCUCACAUCAUGUGACUCUUUCUCUACUUCGGACACGCAUGGCGUGGUCACACACUUGCAUAGCCCCGACGUCUCGAAAUGGGUCGAGAGCAAAAACCCAGAGAUUCGCGUCUUUUAUCGGAUUACAUACGAUCAACCAAUAAUCAAUUUGUUAUACAAAACUUCAGUCGAUGAGCCAACUACAGAAGGAGCGGAUAUUGACAACCCGUUAGACCGGAUGCGACUCUACUACCGUGAAUUGGGCGCUACCAGCUCUGGUGGGAGUGUGAUGGACAGCUCUGUAUCUACAAAACAGGAUCUCUCAGAAAAUGAAGGUCACAGUGGUAUCAGGGCCAACCUCACCGAUCUCGUCUAUGACGAGGCGUUCGAAGAAAUGCUCAUUAACCGGAUCCAGAACCGCAUUCGUGAGAUGGGUGUAGUCGGCGGACUGGAGCUGACCGAUGAGACUGGCCUGACGCCCGCCGGCCGACAGGUAAAGCAGAGAUUUGGCUUCCUUAUGCAAGACAUCAGCGACGAUGAGACUGAACAUGAGAACCAGAGCACGAAGCCAGCCCCCGGCGAGGAGCGGAGGUCACGGCGACGGCGCCGACCCACCCCCGACUGGAUGCUCAUCGACGUGCCGUCCGACGAUACGCUGCGCACCGAGCCGCGCGGACCGCCAUCUAGCGUGUCACUGGAGCUGGGCGAGCCCGCGCCGCCGCGCUACGCCCGCUCGGCCGACUCGGAGAGCGACGUGUCGGUGCUGAGGGCGAUCCGGGCCGAGGGCGGCGACCAGUUCGUCGAGGCCGUGUUGCGACGGCUACAUCAGAACCUGCGCGCCGGACACAACUUCCGCGAGUACCGCCAGCUGCCGGCGACGAACGUCCCCAGUGCGCGGCCGCCGGCGCACGGAGCUAGCAGUUCGUCCGACGACUCUGAGGCGGCCAGCAGCCGCAGCAGCAUGGGCCGCGUGCAGUUUAAGGAGAGGGUGCUGGUGCGCCCGCUCGGUAGAGACCCGCUGGUCACCGAGUGCCGACGGCCAUACUCUAGCGGCUCCGGUCAGAAGAUCACCUCGCUAAGGGAUUAUAGGCCAGAGCCUGACCACCCCGACUACGAGGACUCACUCAAGGACAGGACGGAGCCAGCCGCCGGCCGGCUCCCGGCCAGGAAGGCUCCGCUCGCCGCUGCUCCUGGUGCGCCGGCGCGCAAACCUCAACCCAGCUGGAAGAAACUACUCUGCUGCAUUAGCGGCGACCAGGAGGCCGACGUCGGUGGGACGCGGGAGGCGUCAGCUGCGUGCCGGCCGCCGCCGGCCGCCCCCCAGGCGGCCGAGCAGCCGGCGGCCGCAGUGGCCCACGAGCCGGCGCAGAGGCGGCGCCGGCGCCAGGUGAAGACGCUGCCGGUACGGCCGCUGGACGGCGACAUCACCGACGAGGAGCUGCGCUCGCUGCACCUGCUGUUUGACGACCGGGCCGAGCUGUGCGGCCUGGCCGAGCUCGCCGAUGCCGCCACUCUGUCCGAGCCAGUGCCGCUGUCCGAGCCAGAGGCAGAAGCCGAGCCAUGUUUCGCCGACUUUCUUCGGGCGUGCGGCUUGGCCGACGGCCGAGUCACUCAGUACAUCGACUUCCACAGAUCAUGCAGAGGUGAGGCGGACAGCGGCCACGGCGACUGGAGUACGGCCGGCCGGCCGGCCAGCGCCAGCAGUGCCGACGACCCGGCCUGGUGGGACCGGCGCGCGCGACAGCGACGCCACCAGCUGCGCCGCCGGCGGCGCCAGCACCGCGAGUACCAGCGCCAGCUGGAGACGCAGCGCGACCUCGAGGUGGAGGGCCAGCUGCGGCGCGCGCUGGAGACGCAGCGCGAAUUGCUGCGCGAGCGUGAGGUGGAACGUGAGAUAGAGCGCACGCGAGAGUCGAGCAAGGAGCGCAAGGAGCUGCGGCUGGAAGAAGAGGUUCUGGAAAAGGAGCUGCUGCGCAGGUUGCUGGCCGAGCUGCAGACAGAGCAGGAACGCGCCAGAGAGCGAGAAAAGCGCCGCACUGUGGCCAGGAUCCUCGAGGAGGAGCUCAUCGCCCGGCUGACACAGGCGCUGGCCCGUCAGCGAGAGAAGAGCGAGGAGCGUCGCGGCCUGCACGACACUCAGCGGAUCGAGGAGGAGGCCACCUCCCACGAGCUCAACAACCGCAUCGAGGAACUGAGGAUGCGCAUUGAAGAGAACAAGCUCCUCAGAGACAACGAGAGGGACGAGGAGCAGCAGCGGCUCAAACUGCUUGAGGAAUUACUCAUCAAGGAAAGAAAGCGGAUGGAAGUCUUGGAAACGAGCCGGUUGGAGGAGCAAGAUCAAGAAGCUAAGACUAGAACUAUUCUGACUGAGUUGGAGGAGAAGUCUGGGGAAGAUGAAGCUAAGAGUCAGAAGGACUACGAAUAUUGUGCAAAAACUCUGCUGAAGAAGAAUGCAUUGCACAAAACAAUGCGGCAGAAGCUUACAACCGAAAUACGCAAACGUGAGCUAAUCAAGAGAAAAUUGGUGUCACUCUCAGACAUUGAGAAGUCAAACCCGAGACUGUUCCAGUUAGCAAAAGUAAUGGAGGAAGUUACCGAUGAAAAGGGAUGUCUCAAAUUAGAGUAUAAUGAGCCCAGCACUGGAAUAUUAAAGAAAGAUCCACAAGUCGAGGACAGAGCCGACGUGGUCAAAACUGAAGCCGGCGACAAAGAGCCCAUCAAAACGGAAGUUCAUGAACAGCUCAAUGUGGAGCGCAGCGCAGAAGACAGCAUGCGUCCUAAAUCAGAAACGGAAAGGACAACACACAUUGAACGACAUUCCGCUGACAACCUCGCUGAAGAGCCAGAAGACCAGCCAGCCAAAACAGAGGAUGCCGCCCGCCCAAUGAUCGAUAUACUGAAGACGGAACUGCACGUGGCGGAGCCCGGCGGGUCCAGUACGACUGAUGACACCGGUGGCGAGACAGAUCUAGAGCUGCCGCCGCGAGCUGGUCCCGUCAGUCACAGUGAGGAGGCCAUGCGCGGCCCGGUGCUGCAGUCGGAGGCAGCUGCCAACUGGCGGCCCUCAGAGGAGUUACGGGGGGCCGACUCUCCAACUCCACCAGCGGGGCCCGCUGAGGCCGAGACCGCUGCCUUCCUUGAAGAAGCACAUCAAUCAUACAGAGCCAAGCCAUCACAGCUCCCAUCAGAGACCGCCAGCGCUCAUGAGGUGGCCCCCGAUCGCGACGCCAGACGGGCGGCGCCAGUCCAGCGGGAGUCGGUCGCCCGGGUAGCCGGCUCGGACCAGCCGGCCGACGGCCACUCGGAGCGGCAGCAGCCCGGCACGUCCGCGCCGUCGGCGGCGAUAGAACCACCUGCAGCAGCAAGGCACGAGCCACCGUGGGCGGAACGGUCAACCCAAGGAGCCGGAUCCCCACAGGCAGCAUCAGGAGCCGGAUCCCCACAGGCAGCAUCAGAAGGAGCCGGAUCCCCACAGGCAGCAUCAGGAGCCGGAUCCCCACAGGCAGCAUCAGGAGCCGGAUCCCCACAGGCAGCAUCAGAAGGAGCCGGAUUCCCACAGGCAGCAUCAGAAGGUGCUGGGUUUCCACAGGCAGCAUCAGGAGCCGGAUCCCCACAGGCAGCAUCAGAAGGAGCCGGAUUCCCACAGGCAGCAUCAGGAGCCGGAUCGCCACAGGCAGCAUCAGAAGGAGCCGGAUUCCCACAGGCAGCAUCAGAAGGAGCUGGGUCCCCACAGGCAGCAUCAGGAGCCGGGUCCCCACAGGCAGCAUCAGAAGCCGGGUCCCCACAGGCAGCAUCAGAAGGAGCUGGAUUUCCACAGGCAGCAUCAGGAGCCGGAUCCCCACAGGCAGCAUCAGAAGCCGGGUCCCCACAGGCAGCAUCAGAAGGAGCUGGAUUUCCACAGGCAGCAUCAGGAGCCGGAUCCCCACAGGCAGCACCAGAAGGAGCCGGAUUCCCACAGGCAGCAUCAGAAGGAGCUGGAUUUCCACAGGCAGCAUCAGGAGCCGGAUUCCCACAGGCAGCAUCAGAAGGUGCCGGGUCGCCACAGGCAGCACCAGAAGGAGCCGGAUUCUCACAGGCAGCAUCAGGAGCCGGGUCCCCACAGGCAGCAUCAGAAGGAGCUGGAUUUCCACAGGCAGCAUCAGGAGCCGGAUCCCCACAGGCAGCACCAGAAGGAGCCGGAUUCCCACAGGCAGCAUCAGAAGGAGCUGGAUUUCCACAGGCAGCAUCAGGAGCCGGAUUCCCACAGGCAGCAUCAGAAGGUGCCGGGUCGCCACAGGCAGCACCAGAAGGAGCUGGAUUUCCACAGGCAGCAUCAGGAGCCGGGUCCCCACAGAUAGCGUCUCAGGGAGGGCAGGGUCAGCCGGCGGGGCGGGCCCCUGUCACUGGUGAGCAGAUCACCAAGGAAGCGGACACUGCCGAGGGAGGAGCCACGUGACCGGAGUCGACGCGGCCAGGCUUCCGGAUUUCUGAAAACGAGAGUGGAUGGACGGACCGCGCCUCAGCAAACCGCGGAGCUGCUCCAGCACGCUGUGAGCACCAUAAUCAACCGAACUGUUCAGUGAAGCAAGAGGGAUAGAGAGUGCACUAGGGAUAGGGAAGCCGUUAUGGAAAUAAUAGCACGAAAUGUAUAAAUGCCUAAAUGAAGAUACAGGGAAGCUCGUUAAGAUAACGCCUAGUCCUGCAAUCCGUUACGAUGUGAUGAAGAAAUGCUCUUUGAACACCAUAAUGUAUUAUGUUCUGUUUAUACGAAAACAGAACCGGUUUGCAUGGAUAUCUGAAUGAAACAGAACUUGUUAGCGCAUUACUAUGCAAAACAAAACAGAAAACAGUAUAUCUGAGCAAAGAAAUGAGUAUUUAUUAUAGCUUCAUUUCGUGCUAACCUGUAAAAAAGGAAUCAUUUUAUUCAUAUAUAAUAUAUAUUGUGAUUUCCACACGAUGCUGCUCAAAUAACGUGACACUACAGCGGUGUGAGAGAUACACAAAUGGCAAUACAAGUAAUUCUUGGCA